GACCCUUUUCCCCAAUUAAUAUCACAUGACCGGCAAAUUAGGUCACACUGAAACAGAACACUUUCGGCGAUUCACUAAAAGAAGAGUAACUUUAACUUUACUGAUAGAGAUUCCUUUGCCAUUGAAGAUGAAGAGAAUUUCUCUGUGUUGCCCUUUCAAUGGUAUUAUUCCCUUUAUCUCUUGUUCUGCAAUUUCCACAAGGGCUUAUUCUUCGUUAAACAGUAAUAAAUCCAUUUCUGUAAAGGGUAAACCUGGGUUAAACAUCAAUUUUGAAACCGUUAAGUGUUUAAAUGAUGCUGUUGCACUCUUUCAUCAAAUGGUUAGAAUGCAGCCUCUACCUUCACUUCUCGUCUUCUGUCAAUUAUUUAAGACUAUUCUAAAUAUGAAGCAUUAUUCUGAUGUCAUUUCUCUUUUUCGAGAAAUCCAGAACUUGGGUGUCCCAAUUAAUGUUUUCAUCUUGAUUAGUGUGAUUAACAGUUACUGCCUGAUGCAUAAUUCUGAUUGUGCAUUUUCGGUGUUACUCAUUUUCUUGAAAAAUGACAUUCCAUUUGAUGUUGUUAUAUUUACCGCCCUAAUUAGGGGAUUAUUUGCUGAAAAUAAGGUCAAAGAUGCAGUUGAAUUGUUCAAGAAGUUGGUGAGAGAGAAUAGUUGUUAGCCUAAUGAAGUCAUGUAUGCAAUGGUCAUGAAUGGGCUCAGCAAAAGGGGCCAUACUCAAGAAACAUUAAGUUUGCUCCGGUUAAUGGAACAAGGGAACACUAAGCCCAACAUAUAUAUAUCUAUAGCAUCG